AUGCCGAUGCGGAUCGAGGCCGAUGGGCAAAACUGCUGCUGCUCCACAACCGCGGUGGGGAAUUGCAAAGCUGAAGGCGGCGGCGGCGGCGGCGGCUCGAGCGCUCGUGCCUCGAUUCCCGAGCUCGAUUGGGCUUCCCGAUUGGGAUCCUCGUGUGGCUCCUUGCUCCACCACCACCACCACAAGCAUCCGCUCCUACACAUCGUCCAUCCUACACAUCCACUCGGCAUGUCGGCGUCAGCAUCGCGUGAGGCCGCCGCCUCUCUCUCGAAUCGGCCCCAGCAGGGCACGUUGGCGUUGGCGUAUCGUCGCUCGGUGGUGGCGCUGCAAAACGUGUUUGGACUCAACCCGGACUCGCAGUACGCCGAACGCGAGCCGCUGCUGAGCAAUCACGAUGGCGACGACAAUACACCCUCGGGUGCGAAUGGAUACGGUGCGGUGGCAUCGGGGUCGCGCGAUGCCGGUGCCUCUUCGCGUCCGCGCAUCCGCAAGCCCAAGAAGAUCGUGUCGCAGAGCAAGGUGGAGGCCAAGGUGUGGUUCGCCAACGAGCGUACCUGGAUCUCGUGGCUGCGCGUGUCGGUGCUGAUCGGCUCGUUCGCGCUCGCCCUCUUCAACUCGGACGCCUUCUUCCAGCACCACAACGACGACCAUCCCGGCCACCACAACCAGUACCUCUCGUCGGGCAACAUCAAGAUGUUUGGAGCGGUCUACGCGGGCAUCGCAGUGCUGACGCUGCUUUGGGGUCUGUACAGCUACCAGCGAAGGGUGACGCUCAUCAAGACCAAAUACCCGGGCAACUUUGACGACCUCAUCGGCCCACCGCUCAUCUGCGCCGCGCUCUUCAUCGCUGUACUGCUCAACUUUAUCAUCCGCGUCAAACAGCGCGACUACGAGGGCCAUCACUGA